AUGUCUGACCACACUGCCUCUUUGGAGGACUCCGCAUCGAAUAUUAUAAAACAGGGCUGGCUGCUCAAGCAAUCCCGCUAUAUACAGGACUGGAGAAGGCGAUGGAUCGUCCUCACGGACAAGAGUAUAGAUAGCUAUAAGAAUCCUGCAGCCGUCAUAUCCAACCAGCCCACUGAGUCUUUGCCGCUGUCUCAAUGCAGUACUGUAAAAAGUGUGGAGGGAUUAACCUACAAGCACGCAUUCAGAGUAGACACACCCGAGCGGGUGUUCCUUCUGGUCGGGGCAUCGGUGGCUGAAAAGGAGGCGUGGAUUGGCGCUAUCGGCAAACAGAUGAUCCAUACCGGGCUUUCCAAUGUGUAUACAGAAGAAGACGUCGUCUAUUGA